ACACGUAAAACAUGUGAGUCACAUCGAUAGAACUCAUGGUGGUGGUACUUUCUGGUCCUGCUCAGGAUCGUUAUAGCAGUCCACUUCAAAAUGUCUGUUUUUCACGACGAAGUAGAGAUAGAAGAUUUUGAAUAUGACGAGGAAACGGAAACUUACUAUUAUCCAUGCCCUUGUGGAGAUAGAUUCGAAAUUACCAAGGAGGAUUUGGAGAAUGGUGAAGAAGUAGCUACAUGUCCGAGUUGUUCAUUGUUGGUUAAAGUCAUCUACGAUAAGGAGGCGUUCAUGUCCGGUGAAGUAAUUGAAGCGCCCGCGAGAGAAGACAAAUUGGAGGUGGCGAAGAGCUGAAUCAACGAAUUCCCCCCACCAUUUACUCCGACAGUACAGCAGUAAAGCUGUCUCACUGUGACAGAUCUGCGAAGCGUAAUCAGAUGCUACAACGCAAGUCUAACCUCGUCAGUUUUCCUGGAAGCCCAACACGCACACUCCCAUAUCAGUGGGACCCGACCGGUGGUUUUUAUUAGAUGUUUUCUAUUUUUAUUUAUUAAAUAUCGAUUUUACUCUUCUAUGCAAA